CAUUUACGGGGUCGCCGCAAAAAGGUGCUCAAACCGAGGACGAUUAAAAUACGUGCAGAAUUUAGAUUCUCUCACAGAGUGGUCAACGACUGGAACUCCUUACCUGAUUCAGUAGUAACAGCUCCAUCGGUGAACGCUUUCAAAGAGAAGUUAGAUCUCUGCAGAGAUAUAUUUUGCAAGGAUUAACACAGGCCACAAGAGCCUUCUAUCCUUAUCAACUGAAUCUGAAUCUGAAUCAGAUUGUAACUAGCUCCUGUCACACAAUUUUUCCUGCUCACUAUAUGUGAAAAGCGGAAAUGAGAACUGGAUAUACGUUAGUGCAAUAGGAACUUAUUAGAUAUUGGAACAACAACUGUACUCACUUUUCAAAAGUGAGUUGUUCGUCAAGGGCGUGUUUAGCCUGAUCAAGUAUGACUCAGCCUCCAACUCAAGACAAACUAACACGUAUCGCUAUUGUUAGCAGUGAUAAAUGUAAACCGAAAAAGUGCCGUCAAGAAUGCAAAAAAUCGUGUCCUGUAGUACGCAUGGGCAAACUAUGCAUCGAAGUGACACCUAAUGACAAAAUAGCAUUUCUCUCUGAAGAGUUGUGCAUUGGGUGCGGUAUUUGUUCCAAAAAAUGCCCUUUCGAAGCUAUUUCCAUCAUAAAUUUACCCAGUAAUUUGGAGAAAGAAGUUACCCACCGUUAUGGACCGAAUUCAUUCAAACUGCAUCGCUUGCCGAUGCCACGACCUGGUGAGGUUUUGGGUUUGGUUGGGACUAAUGGUAUUGGAAAGUCCAGUGCUCUUAAAAUCCUUGCUGGCAAACUUAAACCCAACCUUGGGCGUUUCAAGAAUCCUCCAGACUGGACUGAAAUUCUAACGUAUUUUCGUGGCUCAGAAUUACAAAAUUACUUCACAAAAAUACUAGAGGAUAACUUGAAAGCUGUAAUCAAACCACAAUAUGUUGAUCAAAUCCCUAAAAUUGUAUCCGGUCAAGUGAAAACCCUACUGGAUCGUAAAGAUGAUCGUGGUAAUCAAGAUCAUAUUCUAGAUGUACUUGAUCUCACAGUGGUCACUGAACGUAUGGUAGGAGAUUUAUCCGGUGGUGAGCUGCAAAGAUUUGCUUGUGCAAUGGUUUGUGUACAAAAGGCUGAUAUAUACAUGUUCGAUGAGCCUAGUUCCUAUCUGGAUGUAAAACAACGUUUGAAAACGGCUAUUGCUAUACGUGAGCUAUUAGAGGGUACAAACUAUGUGAUUGUUGUUGAACACGAUCUAUCUGUCUUGGAUUACUUGUCUGACUUUAUAUGCUGUCUUUAUGGUGUCCCAGGUGCCUACGGUGUAGUCACUAUGCCUUUUUCUGUUCGUGAAGGUAUUAAUAUAUUUCUGGAUGGUGUGGUGCCUACAGAAAAUCUACGUUUCAGAGAAACACCUCUAGUCUUCAAAGUAUCGGAAACUGGUAAUGAAGAAGAAUUGAAGCGUACUGCUCGUUAUGAUUAUCCAACUAUGUAUAAAAGUUUAGGCACAUUUGAUUUAACUGUUCAAGCGGGUACAUUUACUGACUCUGAAAUUAUUGUUAUGCUUGGAGAGAAUGGUACAGGUAAAACAACCUUUAUUCGAAUGUUGGCGGGUAAUUUAAAGCCAGAUGGAGAGGAAAAAUGUCCAGUGUUACAUGUAUCGUAUAAACCGCAAAAAAUUAGUCCAAAAUCAGAAAAAACUGUACAAAAUUUACUAUUGGAAAAAAUUCGAGAUUCAUUUACACAUCCACAAUUUUCAACAGAUGUACUUAAACCAUUACAAAUGGAACGAUUGUAUGAUCAACAGGUGAUGAAUUUAUCCGGUGGUGAAUUACAAAGAUUGGCUAUUACUCUGUGUCUUGGACAACCUGCUGAUGUCUACCUGAUCGAUGAACCUUCAGCCUAUUUAGAUUCAGAACAACGUUUACAUGCUGCUAAGGUGAUAAAACGUUUUAUUCUGCAUGCAAAGAAGACCGCUUUCAUUGUUGAACAUGAUUUUAUUAUGGCCACGUAUUUAGCUGAUCGUGUUGUUGUAUUUGAUGGUCAACCGGGUGUUAAAGCAACAGCAACAACACCACAGAAUCUAGUCACUGGGAUGAAUAAAUUCUUACAAUCACUUGAUAUUACAUUCAGAAGAGAUCCAACCAAUGCUAGACCAAGGAUAAACAAACUGAAUUCAGUUAAAGAUGUUGAUCAGAAAAAGAGCGGGAAUUACUUCUUCCUUGGAGACUAGAUUGCUCUGUCACACUGCUGCUUGGUCUUCUAUUUGUGCCAAUUUCUUGUAACCCUCCACCUCGCUUGUAUGGUUGCUGAUUCUUUUUGUGGCGUUUCAAGGACCCGACGCAAAUAUAUAUAUAUAUAUAUAUAUAUAUGUAUACAUAUGUGUAUUCCAACUAAUAUGUGAAAUGUUCUUAUUUUUGUGAUUGUCAGUUUUGAUAUCAUUAUGUUAUGAAUGUGGGGAGGUGUUAUAAGUUUUGAUAUACAUAUAAAACAACUACUGG